AUGGUGAACAGAUUCGAUCUGAAUGUCAAUCCGGCCCCGGAAGCCGGCAUAGACAUGCAUACUGUGAAGCGGGGUCGCAUUCUUUCAGAGCACGAGGUGCCGGAGGGCGUGUCUGGUUACAACCCCGAAUUGAUGCGAGGUCGAGCACUCUUGUCGCCCGCUGAAGAGAAGAAGCUUAUGCGAAAAGUCGACCUUCAUUUGAUGCCUUUACUUGCACUUAUUUUGAUGGUCAAGAACCUGGAUGCAAACAAUGUAAGCUAUCGACCCUUUGUUGCUCAUGCACGAAUGACUCUUACUAAGCUUGAUCUUGAUCUUCCCAACCAGGCCGCCAACGCUCGAAUCAUGAACAAGGGGACACCACGCAAUAUCUUGGAAGAGUUGCAUAUGAGUCCCGACGCCUACAACUUUGUUAGCUCCAUAUACUUUAUUCCUUUUAUUCUCGGCGGCAUGCCGUCGAACCUCAUCAUCAAGCGGGUCCGGCCUUCGAGGUGGCAGUCGGUAUCCAUGGUGCUUUGGGGUACGGCCCUAGCUUGCCACGUCGCAGUUCGAAAUAAAGAGGGGCUUUACGCGGCAAGGUUCUUCGUUGGGCUUUUUGAGUCGGGCAUGUUUCCAGGAGCAAUUCUUCAAAUGACGUACUGGUAUAGAGCCGACGAGAUGUCCGUCCGUUUGCUGUAUUACUAUAUUUUGGGAAACUUCUCAAGCGUCAUCAGUGGUGUUUUAGCCUUUGGAUUCGAUACAAUCUCUGGCCGCUGUGGCCUUUCGGGGUGGCAAUGGUUUUUCCUUGUCGAGGCCAUCGUUACUAUUGCUUUUGGAUGUGCUGUGUGGUUCAUCUUACCGGAUUUCCCACAACAAACCAGCUGGCUGUCCGAAGAUGAAAAGGCCUUCAUUCAGGGCAGGCUUCCUGCGAACGCCCCCAGAUCAAAUGAGGCGAAUUUUACGUUUCGUCAAAUUCUUGAAUCACUAAAGGACAAACGCCUUUGGCUUUUCACAUUCGUCUGGGCGACCAUGACCGUCGGCACAUCAGGGCUGUCAUUCUAUCAGCCCACUGUCAUAGCCAAUCUUGGCUUCACGUCCAUCGCCAAGAGUCAGCUUCUCAACAUCCCGACGGCAGUUCUCGCGAUUCUUAUCAUCACAGUGACUAGCCUGAUCAGCGACAACACGCCCAUUCCUAAGCCUGUCCUGCCGCUGGUCAUACUUGCCGUCAUCCUAGCCUGCAACAGCGUCCUGUACACAUUUCCCAACACGGGCGGCGUCUAUGCCGCUACCGUACUAUCCAAUGCGCUGGCAAACAGCUGGUAUCCCAUGAUGUGGCCGUGGCGAAUCCAGACGACCAGCCGCGCGACAGGGGCCGCUUUUGCCAUUGCCUUUUCGAACGCCUGCGGCCAGGUCGGGUUCGCAGUGGGGCCGCAAAUCUUUCAACAAAAGUAUGCGCCGCACUAUACAACGUCUUUCGCUGUGGCGAUGGCAUUUGUCGGGACCACAAUGAGUCAGCCAAUCAAUCGCAUCACGCUUUUUAAGAUUCCCAAUGCAAAGGACCAGGAAACAUUGAUCAACAUCUACAAGGAUAUGCCCAGAAUUGCAGUCAAGGGCGGGAAGCCGUACAUCCGUUCCGUGACCGCCGGGCUGGCAAAGCCGGACCAACGCGCGCAGGGUUAUACUGUAGCAGCCAUCUCAGUCUUCGAGUCUGCGGAGGACAUGGCAUACUACGACAAUGAGUGUGCUGCGCACGGAACACUCAAGGCUUUUGCUAAGAAUGUGCACCAAGGAUUCGCAAUGAUCUACUUCGAGAACGUGGUGGUCUAA